AAAACGCAGUAUUGUUGUCUGAACGACCAAUUAGAAACGGCAACAAAAAUUUGAAUCGGAACUCUAACCGAGCCUGCUGGUCAAGCUCGCGCGUGGAUCUAGCUGGGUGCGGACGUUGCGUGUGGCCGUGAGCUAGAUUAAGAUGGCCACUAAUUUUUCCACUCGGUACAAAAAAGAUCUGAGCAUCGAUACACUCAAGACAAAACUUGUUCGCCGAAAGUCUACAAUUCAAAAAGAGAAUAGACACAAGGAAUUUAAUAAAGGCAGGCAAUUUGGACUAGUUGAUGUGAAUAUACAGCCAUCAAGAGACAAAGUUACUUCUCAGCUGGGUGAAAAAAGCAAAAGAGGUGUGCCAAAGCCAACUGCUGCAGUCAAGACUCGUGAACAAGAGCGCAUGGAGAUGCUCCAACGCUACAAAACUGAAAAAGAACUUCGCAGGUUGAAGGAGCAGAGAGAGAAACCUAUUUUUAAAUGUGGACAGUUCAAACCAGAUCUCCCUGCUUUUCUCUCUAAAACAUCACAGAUUCCCGUAUUGAACAAAUCAAAAGAGAAGGAAGCUCCAGUUGUCAUGCGAGUUACAAGGUCAAAAGCAAAACAAUUGCCAGAACCAAAGAAGCCACAGCUAUCAGCGGUUGCAUCUAGCUAUACUAGGAAGGGCUGCAAUUGGCAGAUAGCUCAUCAAGAACAGAAGCAAAUCUACAUAGACAAACCUUCCAAAAAAGAGAGUAAAGAGGUGCAGUCUGCCAUCUCAAGAAUCACACAUGGAAGAAUAACAAGAGCAACAGUGGCGGCUAAGUCCAGAAUACCACAAGCAUCAAAACCAACUAUAAUUUCAGGUAAUCUGCCACAGAAAAAAGUUACAAUUAAAGGAAAGCAGCAGAAAGAGAUAAUAAAGGAAUGGACAACAGUAGUGCACAAUACAAAUCAAGAUAUUCUAAUGGAACAAGAGAAAGAAGAGGUGAAGCUCCAAUCAGUUGCAAGCAGUGAACAGAAGGACUCCCUUGAGAAAGAAAACAUCUCAGGACCCCCCAAAAGAAACUGUUCAUUUGCCCCUCAGAAUUUUGUCUUUAAACCUCCCAAAGGCUUGACCACCUACAAAGUGAAACCAAUGUCCCCUUCCAAGGCAAAUGUGUUCUUAUCACCCAAUCUUUCCUGGAGCCCCUCAGAAACAAUCAAUGAAGUCAACAAAGAAGAAAGAAAAGAUUAUGAUCCUCAGUCAUCCCCUAACAUAGAAGUGACAAAGGAAAUCACUGAAGGAUACCAGUAUGCCCUGGAUUUAUUGGAAGAAACGAAAGGAGGACAUGUGACUGAUGAGAUGAGGGAUAAUGUUACUUUUGAAAGUGAGAGCAGUGUGCAGCAACCAGAUCUUCUAGCAACUGAAAUAUCAGAGCCAACAACAAAGCUCCUGCAUGACGUGUUCUAUUUCAGAAACAUUCUUCAAUCUAAGAUCAAGAGACUGACCUCAUUUUGUCUUGAAUGGGAUAAAACUGUUGAGAUGGAUAUUCCAGAGGAGGCAAAAGAUCUUGUCCGCACAACCAUUGGGCAAACCAGACUGUUGAUGGCAGAGAGAUUCAAACAGUUUGAAGGGCUGAUAGAUAAUUGUGAAUUCAGACGUGGAGAGAAAGAGACAACUUGUACAGAUCUGGAUGGAUUCUGGGAUAUGGUAAACUUUCAGGUAGAAGACAUAAAUACAAAAUUUGAGAAGUUGAAGACACUUGAGAUGAAUGGGUGGCAAAUGGAGGAUGAUGCUCAGCCGCAUAGACCUGCCAAGAAAAAAACCAUCCUUCGAAGGACAGCCAAAGCAGCAGGGGGGUCUGGCAAAAGGAGAGCAGCCAAAAAACGCCUUGCAGCUGUAAAAGCAGCCAUGAAGAACAAGAAAAAAGAAGGGUUGGCAGCAGAGGCUUCAGGCCAUGAAACGCCAAAAGAAGCAGAACGGAUAUUUGAUGGAGGGUUUUUCCAAAUUGAAUCUCCUGCCAAACCCUUUCCAGGCUGGACUCCUAAAUCAACUGACAGGAUUUCCCGAUGGACAACUCCAAGGUCUGCCAAUAAGGCCUUGCUUCAGAAUUGUGCAGAGAUCUGUGUUUUAAAACAAGGCACAUCAAGUACGUCCAAAGCCGUCCCUCCUUUUCCAGAUCCUAACGCAUUUUCAGAUCUCCCCGGAACUGACCACCUUGGCUCCACAUCUGAACAAAGUGGCACUCAAGCAACAGAGGAACCGUGUGCUAGAACAGAUAUGGCAGAAAUAUCAGCUAAUGGAGAAGCAGCCAGCUGUGACAUGAGCUCAUCCUCAAGUGACAUGGAUGUUUACCCAUUUAAAAAAGAAGAUUCAGAAAUUGGAGAGGAGAUGAAGCAGACUUCAACAGAUGAGGUCAAACAGAGUUUUCUCAGUCCCACAGAGAAUUCUCAGGCUGCAAAAACAUGUGAUCAAGAUGAAGUACGGCUUACUCCAGAACGCUUGUCCUGUGCUGAUGGAAUACUUGAUGUCCAGCCAAACCUGGAUGUCAGCCUUUUCUUCACUCCUUUGAGAAACAAGGCUGAAAAACAUGUUUCAACUGAUUCAUGCAGCAACCUUAUUAUAUUCUCACCUUUUCCAGAUAAUGAGAAAUAAGUUAUUUUUAAAAUACUGAUCUGUGCAUGUAAUUAUUAGAUGCAAAAAUGGCAGUUUUCUUUUCCUUCAUAAGUUUAGUUCUGUUACUAAAUUGAACUGCCAUUUCACAAAUAUACUACUUCUGGAGAAGACACCCAGGGAGAAUAUGAGUGCUAGACUGUUCUGUGGUCUGUAUCUCUUGAAUCUUUAAUGCAACUGCACUUGAGGAAAAUGAAUUGGCUUAACUUGGCUUGACCAGUUAAAAUAUUUUGGAACUCAGACAUGAAUAGUAAGUUGUUUGUCAUUAAGUGUGGCAAUGAGUGGGAGAGAGAGGAGAAAAAAAGUAUCUUACAGUAUUUGGUUGCUGCAUUUUAAAUGUUGUCUAUUUUCUUUACUCUUAAUAAUCAAAUUUACACUUUAGUGUAUAAACCCAAUUAUUAAAGUUCUGUAAACUAGA